AUGGCUCGUCUCUGUCUAGUGCUUGUAGCCUUCGUUUUUGCUUUGGUGGUUUCUGUGGAUUCAUCCAGUGUGGUCAAGCACACCUUCAUAGUUAAGAACCAGACACUUCGGCGACUGUGCAGCGAGCAGAAUGUGACAGUGGUGAAUGGAAAGAUGCCAGGACCAGUGAUAAAGGUUGAAGAUGGCGACACGCUCAUUGUUAAUGUCCUUAACCAGUCACCUGUCAAUAUCUCCCUUCACUGGCAUGGACUGUUUCAGAGACGGAGUGGAUGGGCUGAUGGAGCAGCAUACAUAACCCAAUGUGCCAUUGCUCCUGGAACUAAUUACACUUACAAAUUCAACAUUACUGGUCAACAUGGAACUCUUUGGUGGCAUUCUCAUAGAUCCCUCCUUAGAGCCACUCUUUAUGGGGCUUUCAUCAUCCACCCCAAGACCAGUUAUCCAUUCCCCAAGCCCUACAAGGCCGUUCCUAUUCUAUUUGGGGAGUGGUGGAAUGGUAGUGUCGUUUCCAUCGACAAUCAACGUAACCUCGCCGGUACUGGACCAGCUCUUUCCGAUGCUUUCACCAUCAAUGGAAAACCUGGCCAUCUAUACCCAUGCCCAGAUACCUAUAAGCUGAAGGUGAAACCUGGAAAGAUCUACCUCCUCCGCAUCAUCAACGCUGCACUCAACCACCAGUUGUUUUUUAAGAUCGCAGGCCACAAUUUCACGGUGGUCGCUGUUGACGCUAGCUACACCGAACCAUACCUCACCGAUGUGGUUUUGAGUGGUCCAGGCCAAACGGUGGAUGUCCUCCUUGUUCCCAACCAACCUCCCAAGGGUUACUACAUGGCAAUUCAAGGCUACAAUAGCACGGGCCCCGCAGCACUGUUCCUAAAUAAAACCUCAACCGCCAUCCUCGAAUACGAGAACUCCACGUCAUCAGUCCCGGAGAUGCCCGUCCUUCCACCCUUCGAUGAUACACCCACGGCCUUCAAGUUCUAUAGCAACUUAACCAGUCCUAUCAACUCGGUCAACAACGUACCUAUCCAAGUGGACGUGCAGAUGUUCAUAACCAUCGGCAUGAGUGUCACGCCGUGUGCUACCUGUAAUGUUCCAAAUCAGAAGGGUAUUCGACUCUCUGCCAACAUGAACGGCAAGUCAUUCCAGUUGCCCACCAAUAUGUCCAUAUUGCGGGCAUCCUUUACGAGUGCCCCCGGUGUGUUCACCGAAGAUUUCCCAACACAGCCACUGUUGGCCUUCGACUACACCAACUCCACAAAGCUCUUAAACCAGACACAGUUCGUGUUGGCCCAGAAGUCAACAAGUGUGAAGAGGAUACCAUUUAAUUCGUCGGUGGAGAUAGUGCUUCAGAACACAGCUAUUAUUACGGUGGAAAGCCACCCAAUGCAUCUACACGGUUACGAUUUCUACGUGAUGGCCAUGGGAUUUGGGAACUACAACCCCACCGAGGAUAUAAAGAAGUUCAAUUAUUUUAAUCCACAAAAGCGUAACACCGUCGCCGUCCCCGCCGGUGGCUGGGCUGUCAUCAGAUUCCGAGCAGAUAAUCCAGGUACAUGGAUAAUACACUGCCACCUCGAAACCCAUCUCUCGUUUGGCCUGGCUACGGUUUUGAUUGUUGAUGAGGGCCCUACCCCUUUCUAUAAACUCCCUCCCCCACCUUCCGAUUAUCCCCAAUGUUAG